AUGUCGCAUGCUCGCCCAGCAUCUUCCAUGCUUCGAACGCGACAAGCCUGCGAGCCCUGCCGGCCGGGCCGGGACACCACAGAGGGUCGCUUUCAACAGCUAGAACUCCAAGUAACGGAUCUAUACAACCGUCUGACGUCCCUGCCAAAUGCACCAGACUCUGAGGUCAUUCGCCGCGGUUCCGAUGGGAGCUUCCUGGAGUCACCAACAAUGCCCGCAAAUGAACCACCUCGUGGACACCUCCGUAGCGAGGACGGAAAAUUCACUACAGAAACUCCAGAACCGAGUGAAGCCGCCUUGAAACACUUUGUCAAAGUGUACAUCACACAACUACACCAUCAGCCCCUGGCCUUGUUCAAUCCCGAUAGGCUGUUACACGAUGUGAUGGCCGCACCUCGUUUUCUGUUAUGGAGUUUCUUGUCACUGCUUUUGAACAUAUCGAGCCAUGACUUUUAUGAGGGAGGUGUCGAUGCUGCUAAAGAACUCUACGCUCACUUGGCGGAGACUGCUGUCAUGAAGUUAGCAGCUGAUGGUGUCGCGACACACGAACUCAUACAAGCAUUAUGCUUGAUAUCUCUGAAGCAUAUCCAAACCAAGCAACCGAAGCGCAGUCUAGUAACCAUAGGGCUUGCUUCGAGACUAGUUUCGCUACAAGCGCUCUCCAAUAUCAGCAAUCCUACCACUGCAGAAGAUGAGGCUUCUAUACAAUGUUUCUGGAACGUCUUUGCUCUCGAGAGGCUAUUUCGCCCUCUAUCGGUUGCGGCUUGCGAUGACGAUAGGCUAAGCUAUCCUUCCAGUGCACCGCCACCCUCGCCAAUAUCUGGGGGAUUUCAUCAUCCUGCGGGUCACGGUAACUCGGCGGCGGGGCUUAGUAUUGCUUCAGCACAGGAUAUAGGGAUAUAUGGCCAUGCACUGUGCCUGACGGAGGUCUGGGGAAAGGUUCGAACCUAUCUACACAGACUACGCAAUGGUAGAGUCGAAAAGCCCUGGGUUCCAGAGUCGAGCCACGCAAAGAUAAGCAUUGAGCUGUUUGAGAAUGAAGCCCGGUAUGGAAAGCAACACUUGCUUUCCAACGUGGCAUUGGGCAAGAGAGGAGCAUCUGAGAUAGCUGCCCGGCGCGAUUAUUGGCAGCCGUGGAUGACUAUGCAGAUCAUUUCCCAUGCUGCACAGGCUAUACUCAACCACCCAUUUCUUCAUCUCAUGGUACUGCGCUCUCAGGACGGUAUACAAUACUCUAGUUUAUUCCUUCAGCAGACUGUUGACCUGGCAUUGUUUCACGGCGCCUGGGUAUUUCGGCUUCUCGAGAUUGCUGACGGGCGCCUGGAAGUUGUCAACCCUUUGAUAGGGGAUGUUGUUGCUGCCACCGCGACGGUCGUCUGGCUCUUUCAAUUUGCCAGGGAUCCCAAAGUAUCAGAGAGGGCGCGGAAUGAUUAUGCGAGGGGUGAGAGAUUUCUUGAGCGCAUGGCCCGCACGUGGCCACACAUCUCCCACAAGUCUGAAACUUUGAAGAAACUUCAGGCUCUAGCCGAAGGAAAUCACCAAGAGCUGACAGACCGGAGUGUGGCCAUUAACCUCAAGCCGAGCCUGUUUUGGGACCUGUUCGACCCUGAUCUACUUGACUCACAUGAACCAGCGAGGCUUGGCGAUGCGGAUUCAUCUUUGGGAGUUGGUGGUCGUGACCCGGAUGCAAGGAUUUGCCUUCAAACGCAGUAUGUCCAUCCUUUGGAUGAGGAACAGGACUUGAAGCAACCUUCAAACCCGAUAGAUUCGCGUACAGAUGCCACCGCGUUCCUACCAAGCUCGGAGGACUUGGAGCAAUUUUACAUUGGAGACCUACUAAACCACCGAUUUGCUUACGCCAAGUUUACAGCCACUGGCUGGCAUGACUUUGGUCCAGAGACGUCGUCAGUGAGCCCGUUGUGGCUAUCGAAGCAUCUCGAUGACCAGAUUCUCUUUCGCACCUUGAAUAGAAUGGGAGGCGAGGAGGGUUAA